UCUGUCCAGCAAGGUGAGAAACAUGUUUUAGCAUACGUUCCUCACACAUUUUUGAAAUGCGCUUUUAGUCAGCUGAAACCUAAAACCAUCCCAGCGCGGGGACACAGACUUUGUACAGUUGUUUUUUUUUUCCUAAUGAAAUGGGUGUUGCAGACUGAACUGCCAACCGGCAGUCCCGGGGCAGGUCCUGCCUUCGCGUCGCCAAGAGUCCGGAGGCUGAGGUUUGUGUGGACAUUUCUGGGAAAUCCUCCAAAGCUCAGUUUGCCAAGAAGAAACCUGCGAAGGAGCACAGCACAGUACAGCACAGCCGCGUGUUCCUGCGCAGACUCAGCGCAGUUUGCACAUUUCUUGCAUUUUGUCGGAGUCGGAGGUUUUCUCUUUCCUGAGCGCAGAUGAUCGUCUCACGGUUUGUUGGACAUAAACAACGCUCGAGGAUUAAUUGGAUACAUUAAAGUUUGAGGGAAUUAAGGUAAGCGUGCGUGUGUUUUGGAGAUGUGACGUGGUUCCGAACUUUUCGCCAUUCAUUUCCCCCCUAAGGGCCGAGGAAGAAUUAUCACAAAGUUUUGGGAUGUUUGUAUAACAGAUGAUCUAAAGCUUACUCCUGAUCUCAUGGGAUCACACCUGGAAAGGGAAGUGUUUCUGACAUGAAGUUCUGGAUAUAACUUUUACGCACUAUAACUCUUAUUCGCCUUGUCUGUCAGAUACAGAGCAGACAGUGAAGUGGAUUCCCUCAUGCUCUGAAAACACAUCACUGACACACUGUUAUGUGCCGAGCCUGUCUUCAUCUGGAAUUAAUUGAUUAAUUAACAAACCUCAAAUGCACUAAAAGACGCGCCAGGAUCACGGCUCCGCCACCUGGAUCUUUAUCUCCCACCCCCUCAGUGAGCAUAUACUUUAGCUAACAUCUCGCCACAAUGCGCAGGGCUUUUGUUCUCAGUUUAGCUCUGAUUUACCUGCUCACCUGGACAGGCGAAGCCGACAAACACGCUCACCUUAAGCGGGUGCAGUUACGCUCCAGACGCGUGCAGCUAGGCGCAACGGACAAGGAGCGCCUCGUCGGCCGAGUGCGCCCCGGGUUUGGUUCGGCGAUCUCGGUGCACAGUUCCAGGAAGAAUGAAGAUGUGCAGGCGGACGAGGGCGCUCCAGUUUCCGCCAGGACAGGGACUGUGCCGGGCAAGAGAGCAGGAGAUGUAGUGCCAAGGAGAGGGGUGGACAUGCUGCAAGACGAGGCCGCCCAAGGAACGAGAAGCAGGGUCACCCGGAUGCCCAACAGCGCCGGGUCACCGAAUCUGCUGGCCAGUUUCGCAGGGAAGAACCGCGUCCUGGUGAUAUCGGCGCCGCACGAUUCAGACGGCUACUACCGACUGAUGAUGUCUCUUCUGAAGUCAGAUGUGUACUGCGAGCUGGCCGAGCGACACUUGCAGCAGAUUGUCAUGUUCCACCAGGAGGGAGAGAUGGGGGGCAAGGUGAGGAGGAUCACCGGCGAGGGGAAGGUGAUGGAGGAGCCGCUGGACACAGCACUCAUCCCCAGGCUCAUGAGCUUCCUCAAACUGGAGAAAGGUAAGUUUGGGAUGGUGCUGCUGAAGAAGACCCUGCAGGUGGAGGAGAGGUACCCGUACCCUGUGAGGAUGGAGGCCAUGUACGAGGUGAUCGACCAGUCGCCCAUGAGGAAGCUGGAGAAGCUCCGGCAGAAAGGCUUCGUCCAGAAGUGUCGAGCAGCCGGCGUGGAGGGCCAAGUGGAGGAGGGCACACUCACAGUAGAUACAACAGUAGAAAGAAAACCAUGGAAGAAGAUCCCAAGAAAGCCCACCACAACAACAACAACAACAGCAGCAACAACAACAACAACAACAACCACCACAACAACUACACGACCAACCACGACUACUACAAACCGGCCCCCCACCACAACUACAACCAAAGCGACAACAACAACAACAACCACCAAACCCACCACCACCAGAAGAACCACCACCAAACGAACCACCACCACCACCACCACCCAGGCACCAACCAGAGCCCACACCCCAGCCCUGUGGCUCCCAGCCCCCAGAACCACGGCCGACCCUUCCUACUACAACCGCAGAGAGAGGGAGCGGGUCGCGGCUAAAACCACCCCGGCUGGAGAUAACCGCACCGACAAGGACAACAGAGAUCCGCACAGCCGCAAGCUGGCGCCUGCCACACAUAAACCCUCCAAGAUCAAACCUACCAAGAGGAAGAAUGGUGGAGAGAAGGUGUUAACUAAUGAGUACGAGGACAAGUAUGAACCAGGCAGGCCGACAGUCAGUCAUCCUGAGGAGACAGAAACCUUCACCGACAUCAGUCCCACCAAGAAGGUCAAGGGAAAGCUCGAUAAGCACGACAAGAAGAAGAAAAAGAACGACAAGGCUGCCAAGAAGGCGGACAGGAGAGGAGGAAAGGGAGGGAAGAAGAAGAAGCUGCCUGAGUACCCCAAGAAAGAGGACUACCCGAAGCCUGCUAAGAAGCCGACGCCCCCUCCGAAGGGAUCUCUGGCCUCCUUCUUGGACUACUUUGAGGACCGGAGGCGGCUGCUGCUGAUUACGUCCCCCAGCGAGGAGAGCACUAUGUAUGUUCAGCAGCGGGACGAGUACCUGGAGUCUGUGUGUGAAAUGGCCAUCAGGAAAGUCUCCAUCAUCACCAUCUUCGGCUCCCUGACCAACUCCACCAUGAAAAUUGACCACUACCAGCUGGAAAAUGACAAGCCUAUGAAGGGUCUUCGUCAGGAGGACCUGGUGAAUCAGGACCUGAUCACAGAGCUGAGGAAAGAGUUUAGCAUGACCCAUGAGGACUUCUACAUGAUUCUCACCGACACCGACAUGAGAGUCAAGCAAGCCUAUGAGGUUCCCAUCGCCAUGAAGGCUGUUUUCAACUACAUCGACACCUUCUCUUCCCGCAUCCGAGAGAUGGAGCAGCAGAAGAGAGAUGGGGUUGUCUGUAAGAAAGAGGACAAGCCCAGAUCGUUGGAGAACUUCCUCUCCAGGUUCCGUUGGAGACGUCGCCUGUUCAUCAUCUCCGCCCCUAACGACGAGGAGUGGGCCUAUCAGCAGCAGCUCUAUGGCCUGAACAGCCAGGCCUGCAACCUCGGUCUGAGGCACAUCGCCAUUCUGAAGUUGGUUGGCACGGAGCUGGCGGAUAUGGGCGGAGUCUUGGAACUCUAUCCUAUCAAUGGGAGUGCUACUGUGGAGCGCGAAGGCCUGUCCGGUAGCCUGGUGAAGGACAUGAGGAACUACUUCCAGAUCAGCCCAGAAUACUUCUCCAUGCUGCUGGUUGGGAAGGACGGCAACGUCAAGUCCUGGUACCCUUCGCCCAUGUGGUCCAUGGCUAUUAUCUACGAGCUGGUGGACUCCAUGCAGCUACGCAGACAGGAGAUGGCCAUCCAGCAGUCCCUGGGGAUGCGCUGCCCUGAGGAUGAGUAUGGCGGCUAUGGCUACCAUCAGCAUGGAUACGAACACGGUUACCAGGAUGGCUAUCACCAGGGCUACGGCUACUAACUCUUCCCUACUGUUCCGUGUUCCUUUUCACUCGUAACUUCUUUAAUCUUUUCCUACCCAUCCUCCACGAGGCAGUUAGUUCAGCAGAUUAUUAUUAUUAUCAGAAUACAGCAUAGAAAAUCUGCUUAAAGAUCUAGGACA